AUGAGCUCUCCAGUAUCGUCUACUCAGGCCCAGAAACCACUUCGACUUGUAGUCGCAGGUCUUUCACGGACUGGAACUGCUUCACUCUACCUCGCUUUAAAGGAGCUGGGAUACACUCCAUGGCACAUGUGUGAGCCCAUCGAAAGCCCGAAACUCAUGUACAACCAAUGGACGGACGCAAUGAACCGCAAAUUCUUCAACUCAACCGGUACCUACGAUCGAAAAGACUUCGAUAACCUCAGAGGCAAAUACGAUGCGCUUCUCGAUAUCCCUGCCUGUCUUUUCUGGGAUGACUUUCACCGUCUCUAUCCAGAUGUCAAGAUAAUUCUCACCUCGCGCUCUGCCGACUCCUGGUUCCGGUCUGUCAGCAGCACCAUAAUUCCAUGGCUUCAAAAACCAUUGCUAAACAUUCUGCAAUAUUUUGAGCCCAAUGGUUUGGGGCCCGAGCUCCGUAUGGUCAAGACCGCGUACAGGGUCAUCUGCAACAAUGACUAUUCCGGUGAUCUCGCCAAGCAACGCUUCUUAGAACAUAAUGAGCGAGUGCGAAAGGGAGUUAGCCCGGAGAGAUUCCUUGAGCUGAAGCUGGGAGAUGGGUGGGAGCCGUUGUGUGAAUUCCUCGGUAUCCCUGUGCCGAAGACACCAUAUCCACGAGUCAACAACACGAAUGAAUUCAAUGAGGGGGCAACUAAGGCUGACAGGGCUGUUCUGGGCGGACUUCUCACAACCUGGCUGGCGUACAUCAUUCUUGUUGCAGGGGUUCUACUAGGACUGUUUGUUUGGAAGAAGUGA